CAAACAGUUCCUCUUCCGUUGAGUGAAAAUGGUUGUUUUGAUUGUGUUGGUUUUGUUUCCCUGAUGAAAUCGAGAAAAUUAUGAAUUUUCCAAAAUACACAGCCUGGAUUAAAUCACUGACAACCACGACGCUGUCAUUCUGUACUGAAAGAGCCUACAUUCCCCAUCGUGCACCGGGAGCAUCUCGUUUCCGGUCCUGCGCCGUUUUUGGAGCGGAUUGGAACCCGGAGUCAGGAUUCGCUAAAUGAGGGGUCUUCUGCAGGAAAGGUGGGAAUAAUGGCUGAGCAAACACCAGAUGAGUUCAUCUGGUGCGAGGACUGUGGUCAGUACCAUGACUGUGAAUGUCCUGAACUGGGACCACUGGUGACGGUCCAGGACUCCUUUGUCCUCAGUAGAGCUCGGUCGUCUUUACCAAACAGCCUCGAGAUCAGAGAGGUGGCAGACGGCCAAGAGGGUGUGUUUGUCUUGCGGCGGCUGGUCAAGAGGACGCGGUUUGGACCCUUUGAGGCUAAAAGGGUCCAUCACUUAAAAAAGGAAGGGCUGUUUCCCCUGAAGAUCUUCCAGAAAGAUGGUCUAGUGGUGUGUUUUGACUGCAGCAGUGAGGAGGACUGCAACUGGAUGAUGCUGGUGCGGCCGGCGACUGACCAUAGACACCAGAAUCUAACUGCCUACCAGCAGGACGAUGACGUGUACUUCAACACCUCGCAGGAAGUGCUUCCUGGGGCAGAACUUAGGGUCUGGUAUGGAGCCUUCUAUGCCAAGAAGAUGGAGAAGCCUGUGCUGAAGCCUCCACUUCCACCACCCCUUUCAUCAGAUGUCAUGCCUUCACCGCCUCAAACAACGACACCUGACAAAAGUGAAGCUCACGUCAUCACAGCAAACGAAGAGGCUGACGCAGGCAUCAUCCAGAGUCAACUUGACGAGGUGAAGACACUGAGCUCGCUUCCAGUCGACCAGCUCUUGCCUUUAGAAGAGAACCUGCCUUGUCCAGUUGAAGAUGAGGAAGAAGAAGAAGAAGAGGAGGAGGAGGAAGAAGAAGAAGAGGAGGAGGAGGAGGAGGAAGAAAACAGCGUCCCUGCAGCUCAUCCUCAGCCCAAGAGGGCACAUGGCCAAGGUGGAAGGAGAGCCAAGGGACGCAAGCACAGAGCCAACACAAGCAAAAACAAAGAUGUCAAGCCCCUGUUGGAGACCUCGGAGCUGGCGGCAGCAGCAGAGAGUGCAGCAGAGAGCGGGGACGUCUUCAGAAGUCACAAAGUCCGAGAGCACAAGAGAGUGUACCGCUGCACCCUCUGCAACAAGGUCUUUCAGAACAGCAGCAACCUCAACAGACACAUCAGAUCUCAUGGAGACAAGCUGUUCAAAUGUGACGAAUGUGACAAGUUGUUCAGUCGUAAAGAAAGUCUGAAGCAGCACAUCUCCUACAAGCACAGCAAAAAUGCACCCGACCACGAGUACAAAUACAAAUGCAACACUUGCGAGAAAUCCUUUCGUCUGGAAAAUGCCUUAAAGUUCCACAACUGUCGAACAGAUGACAAGACGUUCCAGUGCGACAUCUGCUCACGGUUCUUCUCCACCAACAGCAACCUCUCCAAGCACAAAAAGAAGCACGGCGAGAAGCUCUACUCCUGUGAAAUCUGCAACAAGAUGUUUUAUCGCAAAGAUGUGAUGCAGGAACACCACAGGAGACACGGGUUGGGAACAAAGCACAUGAAACGAGAGGAGCUGGAAGUCAAUGGAGAAGAAGCCACCAAGUACAGGAAGGAGCCGUCACCGUGUCCCAUCUGUGGUAAGGUGUUCUCCUGCAGGAGCAACAUGAACAAGCAUCUGUUGACUCACGGUGAUAAGAAGUACACCUGUGAGAUCUGCGGCCGCAAGUUCUUCCGCGUGGACGUUCUUCGAGAUCACAUUCACGUGCACUUCAAGGACAUUGCCUUAAUGGACGAACAGGAGAGAGAAGGAUUCAUCAAGAAAAUCGGCAUUUCUGCAGGGAACAGUGAGGAGACCGAUGAUGAAGAGGAGGACGAUGAUCCAGAAAGACACAAGUACAACUGCAAAAAGUGUCAACUUUCAUUUGCAAAGGGUAAGGAGUACCUGAAGCACAUCAUGGAGCAGCACAAGGAGAGAGGAUAUGGCUGCGGCAUCUGUAACCGCCGCUUUGCACUGAAAGCCACAUACAACGCUCACCUGGUCAUCCACAGAGAGCAGCUGCCCGACCCUGCAGUCCAGAAGUACAUCCACCCAUGUGAAAUCUGUGGCCGGAUUUUUAACAGCAUCGGGAACUUGGAAAGACACAAGAUCAUUCACACUGGGGUGAAGAGUCACAGUUGCGACAAAUGCGGGAAAUCAUUCGCCAGGAAAGACAUGCUGAAGGAGCACCUCAGGGUCCACGAUGACAUCAGGGACUUCCUGUGUGCAGAGUGUGGGAAAGGUAUGAAGACCAAACACGCGCUGAGGCACCACAUGAAGCUUCACAAAGGCAUCAAAGAGUACGAGUGCAAGGCAUGUAACCGCAAGUUUGCCCAAAAGGUCAACAUGCUGAAGCACUACAAGAGGCACACAGGUGUGAAGGACUUCAUGUGUGAACUGUGCGGUAAGACGUUCAGUGAGCGGACGACGCUAGAGACGCACAAGCUCAUCCACACAGUGGGCAAGACGUGGACGUGUGCCACCUGUGACAAGAAAUACCUGACCGAGUAUAUGCUGCAGAAGCACGUCCACCUGACGCACGAGAAGGUGGAGGCUCAGUCCUGUCACCUCUGUGGGACCAAGGUGUCCACCCGUGCUUCCAUGAACCGACACUUGCGACGCAAACAUCCUGAGGUGGUGGCUGCAAGAAUGGAUGACUUUGAUGAUCUGCAGGAGACUCCGACCAUCAAUGAUUCAUCCAUCAGCAUCGUGCAGCCGACUCUGCCUCUGGACAAGGACCUCUCUCCUCAAGAAAGGCCGUUACGGGUGUUCAGACACGGCAAGAAGAAGCAGAGAAUAUCCGCUGAGCCCGAGCUUUCGGAGUGCGACGAGUUUGUCGAUUUCCCUGAAACCAGUCACGAACCUAUAGAAUUCAACGCAGUCAUCGUGGGAGAGGAGACCGAGACGAGCUCCGCUGUGCAGAGCAUCCAGCAGGUGGUGGUUCUGACCGACCCCAGCACUCAGUCAACCGCCUCACCCAACAGCUCUGUGGGUCUGACCAACAUCACAGUAACGCCCAUCACCAGCCAAGCCCCUGCCCAGUUCACCAACCUGCAGCCUGUUUCUGUGGGUCACCUGACCGCAGGCGACCGGCCCCUCACCCUGGACAACUCCAUCCUCACGGUGACUUUUGACACGGUCAGCGGCUCCGCCAUGCUCCACAACCGCCCCACUGAGCUGGUCCCAGAGACGGUAGGUCCUGGAGGAGGCGCCGCACAGCAGUCAGUCACGCACUUCAUCAAUCUCACCACUUUGGUCAACCCUUUGAGCCAUCAGCUAGAGGCUCCAACUCUGGCCUGGAGGCCCAUCCCUGCAGCUGAAGGCAGCCAGGUCCAACCCGUGGUGGAUGGUGCCCAGGUGGAGGGUCAGGAGAACCAGAAUCAGGGUCCGGAGUCCGGGCCACCUGUUCAGAGUCAGCAACCUGCUCCACAGCAGCAGAGCAGCUCCACACAGAUGUUCAGCUACUGAGUCCAGACUGGAGGUGCUGGUCACCUCGACCUCACCAACAUUGUUGCGUUGUAGAGUAGAUUUAUUGACUCACCCAGAUGCCUCUACAGCUCCAUGGAAAUCAUUCAAAUUAUUUUUUUUAUGUGAACAAAACAAAGUCUGAAUUGAAGAUGAACUGCCUGAUUCACUGACACUCCUCUGGAAGAUUUCCAUUACAAACCAAAGCAACACGUGGAAUAUUUAAAUGCCUUAUCAGUCAUUUUAGAGUCUUGCAUGUUUAUCAGGAUGAAACUGCUGCUCGGAAAUAAAAUAUAAGUGUACCAACAACACAAGACACACACACACUGUGCAGCGGACAAGUCCGAUAAAGACCCCCGUGCCACUGGGGGCUGUCAUUCUCCUUGAGUCUUUAUUUUUGAAUGCACUAACUGUAGCAAUCAUUGAACUGUCUGGAAAUACUGAACACAUUUUGUACUGUUAUUUUUAAACAAAAUAUACUUCCUGAAAUGUCUCCUGACUUUGUAUUUAAAAAAUAUAUAUUUAUAAAUACAUGAACUUAAUGCAUCAAAGUGGCUGUGCUUUAUUGGCAGUAAGGUUUGUUGAGCAGAAACAAAAUUAACCAAAUUAUUCUGGACUCUGGAUAAUAACCACUCUCCAUAAACUUUAAAAGGAUGUCAUCAACCACCAAUAAAAUAAAAAUCAGGAACAAGGAAACUACAACACCAAAUUAUAUUAAGUUAGUGAUACACACCUACCACUUGUGGGUGAUGAGUGAUCACCAAUUUCUCUGAAUUGCUGUGGUAACUUUUUAUUUACUGCAAAUAAUUAAUUAGUUGUUUGUCAAUCAUACCACGAAAGGCAGAAAAAUGAAACAUUCUGCCAGUAAGUGGCUGUACCGACCGCAUUUCUUAAUCAAAUUGCAUCAUAAAAUGUCACUCCAAUGUAGUACAUGAAUAAAAUAGAUAUCUUUCUAUAGUAAAAAAUGAAAAUAAAGAUAAAGUUUAUAUGUCAACCUUUAAUACAGUUGCUACUAUUAAAUAUGCACACAACUUAAGCAAAGCUAAUUUUGCUGCCGCACAGCGUGAAUAUCUGUCAUGAGGAAACACAUGUAGAGGAAAGGCGGUUGUGCUUUUCUGGCCACUAGGCGGCGAUAUUCUGCAGGAAA